UAAGAUGGGCCUGACGUCCAAUUCAUUGGAAUAUCUGAGUUGCCGACAUGUAGCCACGUGUCAGACUCUCGUGCACCCACGCACACUUCAGCUCUUCCUGCGUCCGCCGCGUGGCCCCGCCGCCGUUAACCGCCGAGAACUCCCGAACUUCUUCACACAGGCGUCGGCCAGAGAAGCUAUCGAACAGCAAUGGGGAAGACGAGAGCGCUCCCUCGGGGUCCCGAGAAGAAGCCGAAGCCGACCAAGCGUACAGGCAGGAAACGCCGGAGAUUCUCCAAGACCGGUCUCGCGAAGUACCUGAAGGCCGACUCCCACCUUUACGGUCCUUUGGUCGGUUUCUCGCCGUCCAGUCUCAUCCCUCCCAAGACCCUCCAUUCUUCCGACACAGGGUCCGUCCACCAAGCCGAAAAGGUAAUUGUGGCCGCUUUUAGGACCGUGAUGACCGUGAAAGAGGUUAUUGGGAGGCUGCUACCAGGGGAUACUGUUCCUGAAACGGCAGCUCCUGAAGGGCGUGGUUUAGGACAUAGGGAGGCAGUGAAUCAUAAUUAUCGUAACUGUCGAACCUCUUUGCCCUCAGGUAGUACCCUAGAGCACCUUAUGGCUAAAACCUUCCAAUUUUAUCACUAUAACUAUUGUUGUCACAUACAUUCUGAAUCGCAGGGACAGAGUCGAUGAGCCGAGAACUAAGAAGACUAGUGGGCUGAGGACGGUGAGUAUUAUUGGUAAAUAUGAUGUAACCAGUAAGGUAAAACACGGCCUCCAGUUAGCGUCUGUAUAGACUUGUUGUACUAAUGAUUGUGUUCUCUUGAUUUUCGAACCGAAGAUAUCUAGUGGUUGUGUUUCAUUUCGUCUGGUUAUCAAGCAAACACGCGUCUUUGUUCCCUAAUAAUUAGUCGGACUGAUCAGGGGGUUGCAGUGUCAUUUCGAAGCUAAUCGCCAUAGAGAUAGAUCAGGAUUGUUCUGAUGUCGGUUUGGAGAAGUAAGAAGGUUAAUUCCCAUGUGUUUGACAUGUUCUUGUGAUGUUAUUCGUAAUAGACUGGCCAUUUCGGGGCAGAGACAGCUCAGUUCUUCUUACGUUUAAACAGAAGGGCUAAUGUUUCUUAUGUGAAAUGUUAGAUCAAUUACAGUUGCCUCAUGUUCUCUGAGCUGGUAAUGCUUUUUCUCGAAUAGUUCCUGAAUAGGCGUUGCUUUCCUCGUCCUCCAUCAGGAUGCUCACCCUUAUUGACUCAGGCGCAAGAAAACAAAAUGGAUAAGUUGCACAGGCUCUCUUUUAAGUCUAAUAUGGUCCCGUCUCGACUGUCCUUGCAUGGGUUUGGAUGAAUUCAGUCCACGUGCGGGUGGGACAUAAAUUGAUGUUAUGUUUAGACCGAAAAAUGAUUUUAUUGUAGCAAAGAGAGCUUUCAUAUGAUGUUCAUCGUUACACUGCAACAGUUGGUGGUGUAUACAUUCAGGGACCCAUUUGGGAAAAUGGGUCGCUGUACGUAAGAAACAUGAUUGAUAAUGCCUCGGGUCUUAACGGGAACGAUGAAGUCCGUGAGCACGAAAACUAAUGGAAGAUCAUUCGAUUCCCGUCUUGUCCACUUGUGGAGAAAGGACUCGUUAGCAUUAACUGUCCUUUGAAAAAUCAAACAGGACGGCACCAAAUCGGCCGCUUAGAGCAUGUGUUAUUGAUCAAUAAUGCCUGCUUACAGGUACAAAAUUUAUUCAUUGUGGUAUAAUCAUCAUAACACAAAAAAAGAAGAAGAAGAAGGGGAAAACACGAAUAUAUCACUAAACCAUUUUGAUUGAAGUUUUAAUCAAUACAUUUGCUUCCGUCUCGACUAGCUGACUCUUGACGGGACAUCUCGCAACACCUCUCCGUAACUCGUGUUUUCCCUGGACCGACUGUUCGGACACUCGUGACAUGAAAACUAGGACUUGCCUAUAUAAACGCAUUGUACUUACAAGAGCCUUAACAAAGCUCACCUAUCUUCGCUCAUAUAUACUCUGUUUUUGUGCGUCUUUCCUUGAGUUUUCGCACAAUGAGAAAGAAGGGGAGAGUGCAGCUACGGAGGAAGAGGAGGAGCACAGAGGAGUCGAAAAGGGCGAGGAAGAGUCCGGCCAGAAGGAAGAUGGAGCAGUUGCAGAGGAUCAUCCCAGGUUGCGACGGGCAGUUUGCCAUGGAUUCCACGACCUUGUUCCAUCUGAUUGCAGAUUACAUCUCCUUUCUUGAACUCAAAGCGUCUCUCCUCAGAACCACAAUCUCCUGCCUCCCACUCCUCUCGACUAAAGGUGACCAACCGAAUGAACCACCUGCAUCGUGUAUGCAGUAAUCUUCCAAUAAUGAUAACGAGUAGCCACAGGGUUCGGGAACGUCUGUCGAUCUCCCGCAUGAGUGCGAAAUGUUCUUGAAGAUGGGAAUUAUUCCUAGGGAUGAUAUUUGUAUGUCGUUCUUAUUCUGCAUAAAUAAGGUGUUCGCUCUGUUCCUGCAAUCUCCUCGGCAGAGCAGCUGCUUCUCUUUGUUAUCUCCUUCCUAUGCAAUAAGAUAUCCCCCUCUGUUUGGCUUGGUAUCUUCAA